AUGUGCGAAGGCAUCUUCGGCCUCGAGUUCUGGUAUAUUUCCGCGCCAUUGCGUAAUGAGCGAGUUGAAUUAAAAUGCCAUAGCGUGGGCAUAAGCAGUUUGAAAGGCUUCUGUGUCCGCAACAUGUCAUUCAACGCCUUUAACCUACUACUACACAGACCGCCGGCAGGCUUACUUGACCAAGCGCUGAUGAAGCGCAAUUGUCUUGCUCCGCUAUCUCCAAUAGAGAAACUACCGCUAGAGUUGAUAAGCAGCAUUUAUCUAUACCUUCACCCGACCGACUGCAUCGCCCUCGGGCUUUGCUCUCAAACUCUUUGGAUCCGAGCCAUGGAUUUUAUUCGUCACUCUCGCCGUUCAACAACGUGGGUGGAUACACCGAUAUUCAUUGCCAGUGGUAAACAACUGCUUGCUCUUCGGGAGGCCAGCCACAACAAUGAAUCUGAACUUCAAGACCCUCAAGAUGGAACCCAGGACGCGGUUUGCAUGUUGAUGAAGCCACAGAGACCUCACCUGUUUAACGUGUUAAAGCAGGCGAGGAGUCAAAACCAGUUAUGCGACUAUGCUUCCUUGAAUUCUUCGGAUAUUAACCCCCCCUACCUCCAAGAGCUUAUCCGGCUAUCACCAACGAGUGGUAUUUCGAAAGGGUUUCACCGGCUGAUGGAGUCGUGCCUGUUUCCCGAAGAAUUUGGUGGCCAAGGCCAGUGGUGCCUUCGUGAUUUUACCACCAACGAAUACAUCCGAAUGGAACCUGUCCGGGAUCGUAGCAUCUCUGAGCAUCCUACUAUCUCGCUGACUCGAAACCCUUGGAUGACUCUGGAUAUUUUACUUAUAUGGCUUAUUACAUGGGAAGCAGGACGGAACAGAUCACCAGAAAAUGUCACCAGAGAGAUCUUAAGAGAUCAGAUCAACAAGAUAAUGAGCAACCGUGGUGCCAGCGUUACCGCAUCCGAUGUUACUCAGAUCCGUUCGUAUUCCACAGAUAUGUCUUCUAGACGAUGGGCAGGACAUUCUUUAGAUGUCGUACAACUGGUGCACAACAAGAUGGAAAGCGACUGGACAGAUAUCACGGGCGAGAUUCAGGAUGCCUCCCAACGAUGGUUGGGACAGACCAAAUACGUCGAGUACUGGAGGCGGUUUGCAAUAGGCCAGAUGAACAAGUAG